AUGAAAUAUACGUCACAUUUGUACAAAGAAUUGUAUGCAUGGAAACCUAAAGUAGAUCUCAAGAUCAACAGGGCGUCUUGGCUGACUGAAGGAGACUCAGUGACUCUGAGUUGUGAGGUUAGAGGCUCCACUACAGGCUGGAUUUUCCACUGGUACAAAAUUAUUCCCCACCACAGUCACACUGUGUCCUCUAGCAUGUGUAAGGACCUCACUUACUGUGAAGAAGUCAUUUCAGACAGCAUCAGAGGAGCUGGAGGCUCCUACACUCUCAGCCCUGCUGCUCUUAGACACACAGGGGUUUAUGUGUGCAGAGCAGAGAGAGGAGAACCAGCCCAUCACACAGAGUUCAGCCAACCUCAGCCUCUCUGGGUCAUUGGUCAGUCCCCUCCUGCGUCCCUGGUUAUCAGUCCAAACAGAAAUCAACACUUCUCCUCUGAGUCUCUCACACUGACCUGCACAAUGCAGGAGGACUCUACUGGAUGGGACGUGGUCAUGUUUAGAUCAGGAACAGUAUCAACGUGUCCUGAUUUGAAAAGAAACACCUGUGCUUGGCACUCCCUUCAUACAUCUGACAGUGGAGUUUUCUGGUGUCAGAAUCAGUUGGGGAGCAAGAGUAACCCUGUCAACAUCACAGUACAACAUGAUGAUGUGAUCCUGGAGAGUCCUGCCCAGCCCGUGCUGGAGGGAGACCCUCUGACCCUGCGCUGCAUUCACCGCCACAGACCCUUACACUUCAGAGGAGACUUCUACAAAGACUCGCCCCUGAACAAGACAUCAGACGGAGAGAUUACCAUCCAUUCCGUCUCAAAGGAACAUGAGGGGUCAUAUUGGUGUCAGAGGUCGUAUCAAGCAGAGUCACCAAAAACCUGGAUUACAGUCAGAGCCUCUAGAUCCUCUAGGAUGGUUGCAGUAGGCAUCGGAGUAGGGUUGGGUCUGGUUGUUAUACUCUCCACUCUAUUCGUACUGGUGUGUCUAUCCAAAAAGCUUAAAGGUGGUCAGUGCUCCAAGAUUUUGCGGUGA